UUUCAGAGCACCGUCUAGUUGUCACAGCGUUGCUGCAUUCCAGCUGAACAAUGAGCUGCGCUCUGCUGACUUUGACUUUUCGUUGUAGACGCAUCACUGCCGUCAUGUUGUCUGAGCUUUGAGGAAUUUUCUCUAAACUCAAAAAAAAAAAAAAAAAUCUGCUCGCACAACCUGCAGAGGGGACUAAGAGGUGUUCGAUAUGGGCUUCCUGCAGUGGAGCAGGGUGGAAAGAACACGUGUAAAAGUGCAACCAUGCCUGCCUCAGGUAUGCACAGCAGGUUGAGGAGAGGGAGAGGCCGGACCGAGUGCAGAACGAGUUAUGAGCUGGUGCUUCAUUAACCUGGGUUUACAGCUCUGAUUUCUGCUGUCUACCUGGAAUCAGGAGGAGCGACAGUAAUAUGUGAGAGAAGGCUGGACACAUUUCUUGGCUCAUAACCAGUUGGUCCUGUUCUUUUUUUUUUUCUUAAGGACUACAUUUGUACUGAUACAGUUUAGUCACCCUCAGACGGGCUUUCAGAUCUGGUUAAUUGCUUGGCUUGAUUGGCUCGUCACCUCGGUGAGAACUUCCAGAGACACAUUUUGCAGGAAAGGAUGAGCAGCUUUCUGUAUUUUGCCCUCCCGGUGUUGGGAGGAUACACUCUCUCCUCGCUGUACCUGCUGAAGAACCCGCACAUUCUCCACAGGAAGAAACGCACAGCUUUCUACUGCACUCACAUCUCGCACAGAGGAGGAUCCGGAGAGAGGAUAGAAAGCACCAUGGAGGCAUUCACACACGCAGUGGAGCAGGGCACAGACAUGCUGGAGAUGGACUGUCACCUGACGAAGGACGGACACGUGGUGGUGUCUCACGACCAGAACCUGGAGAGGCAGACUGGACAAGACGCCAACAUCCGCUCCCUCAACCUCGAGGAUUUGCCUCUUUAUAAGGAGAAACUGGAGGUGACGUUUUAUGCAGGUCGCUACAGCAGCGGCACGGACAGGAAGAUUGCUCUGCUGGAGGAUGUUUUCAGGAAGUUUCCUAAGUUGCCUGUGAGCGUUGAGAUUAAAAAGGAUGAAGACGUACAGCACAACCUGCUGCUGAUCCAAAAGGUUUCGGACUUGGUUAAACGAUACAACAGAGAAGACAUCACUGUGUGGGCCUCUGUGGAGUCCUCGGUCCUCAAGGAUUGCCGCAGAAUCAACAGCUCCAUGCCCUACAGUUUCUCCAUGAAUCGAGGCCUUUUGCUUCUGUUGCUCUUCUACACCGGCCUGCUGCCUUUUGUGCCGCUGGGAGAGAGCUUACUGCAGUUUUACCUGACGCGCGUCAUCAACAGGACGUACAUUCCUGAUGAGGGCAUCUUGAAGAACAACCUGGUUGGGUUUUUGUUAGAAAAAAUCACUAUGAGGAGGAGUCUUUUUAAACACCUGGCAGCUCGGGGAAUACAGGUGCAUUUAUUUGUUUGCAAUGAAGAUGAAGACAUGAAGGCAGCAUUUGAUCUGGGAGCUACAGGAGUGAUGACCGACUAUCCAUCUCGCCUCUCAAGCUACCUCUGCAGAAACCGAAGUCAGGAAUAAUCUCAAAGUCAGAUUUACUGUGAAAAGGCAUUCGUACAAACACAGACCUUCUUAAGGCAACAAUGGACAGUGUUCGAUUCAUUUCUUCAGCCUUGAUGAGAUCUGUUGAGAUCCUGAACAGCAGAGAACAAAGCUUUCAUUCAGCUCGUAUACUAUGAAGAAACCUUUAAUCAUUGCUGACA